AUGAAAAUCUUCAACAGAAUCAAUAGCUAUCCCAAUUCAACUUUAUUAGCCUCACAUUGGCAGGAUAACUCCACAGGACCUAGUUUGCCACAGACUCAUGCCUACUAUGCCCUCUGUUACUGUGUGUUGAUCUUGGCCAUCAUUUUUGGGAAUGUUCUCGUCUGCCUGGCAGUUUUGAGGGAACGCAGCUUGCAAACUACCACCAAUUACCUUGUGGUCAGCCUGGCAGUAGCUGACCUGCUUGUGGCCACUUUAGUGAUGCCAUGGGUUGUGUAUCUUGAGAUGACAGGAGGAGUCUGGAACUUCAGCCGUUUCUGCUGUGAUGUGUUUGUAACCAUGGAUGUGAUGAUGUGCACAGCCAGCAUUUUAAAUCUCUGUGCUAUUAGCAUCGACAGAUACACUGCAGUAGUUAUGCCUGUUCAUUAUCAGUACAGCACAGGGCCCAGCUCUUGUCGAAGAGUCUCCAUAAUGAUCACAAUGGUCUGGUUGUUGGCAUUUGCUGUUUCCUGUCCUCUUCUCUUUGGCUUCAAUACCACAGAUGAUCCCAGUAUUUGUUCCAUCUCUGAUCCUGACUUUGUAAUCUAUUCUUCUGUGGUGUCCUUUUAUCUUCCAUUCUUGGUGACUCUGCUGGUUUAUAUCCGUAUUUACGUCGUGCUGAGGCAAAGACAGAGGAAACGAAUCCUCACAAGACAAGGCAGCCACGGUGUCAAAACCUGUUACAAACAAGAGAAACAUUCAGAAAGAACAGGUUUGCACCAGAUGUCUCCAGGCACACUCUUGUCUUGUUUCCAGUUUCACUGUUCUUCAGACCACAAGCUGCCAGCUGAAAAGAAGCCCCUUACACCUCCUGAACUGCAGCAGUAUUGCAGCAUUUGCCAUGAAAAUUCCUUCUCCAGCACAGGGGAUAAAGAAGCUGUUGACCUAAAGGUGAGGAAAAAAACCAAGGAGCAAAACCUGGAAGUGCAUAAACUCAACAAUGGCAAAACAACCACUUCCUUGAAGAUAUCAUCUCAGCAUCAUCGGACAAUACAGCUCAGAGAGAGGAAGGCCACCCAAAUGCUAGCUAUUGUUCUUGGGACUUUUAUUGUCUGCUGGCUGCCAUUCUUCUUGACACACAUAUUGAAUACUCACUGCCAAGCUUGCCACAUACCUCCAGAGCUAUACAGUGCUACCACUUGGCUGGGAUAUGCCAACAGUGCCCUCAACCCUGUUAUCUACACCACCUUCAACAAUGAGUUCCGAAAAGCUUUCCUCAAGAUCCUCUGUUGCUGAAAAUUUUGAGCGUGACAUAGUAUUAUUCACCAUUGGUGGAUGUGGCAAAUAAGGUGCAGCAGACAUGGGCUCUCUUGGUCAUCAGUGUGAAAGAAUGUUAGACCCCUUAUCCCAAUGGUAUUUCUCUGUAAGCUGCCAAGGGCAAUAUUUUAAUAAUAGUGGCUUUCAUUAGUUCUGUGUUAAACACUGGUGUAGAAAAAAAACACUGGGCACACAAAAGUAAAUGUGAUUUCAUUAUGCCCUUGUUGAUCCACUACAAAAUAACUAAUUGUAGGUAAUUACUUCUAAGCACCAGAUCCGUCCAAAACACAUAUCUUUUAUUAGAGUUCUGAAGAGUUUCUUUCUGGGUUUGGUCAGGGGCAGGAAAAUCAGUGUAUUUAAGUACAGCACAAGUAGCAUUAUACAAGUAACAUGAAUUUCACCAACUGUGGAUUGUACAACAGAUUCAAGUGUACACAUUUCAAGACUAAGCAUUUUGCAUAAUAACUAUGACCUUUAAUUGCACAAAAGGCUGUGCAAGUGGUUUCAUAACUGGUUGCAGCAUACCUUGCACUAUUGCAAUUGCACUGAGAUUUUUUACUUGGCUAAUAUUAUGCUGGAUUUACACCAGUGUAUUUAAUAUCAUGUUAUUCAGUAAGACAUGUGCAAGGGGGGGUUGACCGAUUUCAUUCACUGAAAUGUUGUCACUUAAAUUGUGUUCAUUCAAAAUAUAUAGCAGAUGAUAUA